AUGACUCAACCUAAAAUUGCACGAAAGAGCAUAUUAGUUUUGGUCGUUCUCUUCAUUGUUAUAUUGGUGGCUUCCUCAAAUACCGCAUCACCCGUUGAAAAUCAAUUUGAAAGUAGUCUCAUUUACAAACGUCAAAAUAAUGGUGAACAGAAAUCCCCUGAACCAAAGCUACCGUUAAAAGAGCCGGAAACAAAGGAACCUGCCAAAGUCAAUGAAGAUGCAAAAGAUCCGAAACAACCAUCAGGUAAUCCAAAAAUCCCAAAUGAUUCUACUAAAACCCCACUAAAAGACAUUGAUGUCAAAAUUCCAAAAGAACAAACUGAAAAUGAUCCUAUUCCUAAAGGGCCCGAAAAUGUUGAUAAUCCAAUAAAUGAUAAUAAAAAACCUGAAAAUGAUAAUAAAAAACCAGAAAACGAUGAUAAUAAGAAACCCGAAAAUCCAAAAAAUGUUAAAACUCCUAAAAAUCCAAAGAAUAACCCUGCUAAGGAUCCUAAAGAACCUGCCAAGGAUCCACUUAAGGAACCCGUUAAUGAUCCCGCCAAGGAUCCUGCCAAAGUCAAAGAACCUGCCAAGGAUCCUGCUAAAGAACCCGUUAAGGAACCUGCCAAGGAACCGCUUAAGGAACCUGUCACGGAUCCCGCCAAGAACCCUGUUAAAGAGCCCGCUAAGGUUCCUGCCAAGAAUCCUAUCAUCGAUCCAAAAGCUCCCAAAGAGCCUAUCACAAAAAACCCAAUUCAAGAACCUGCAAAAGAACCUGCAAAAGCACCUACCAAACCUGUAGAAGAGCCACCAAAGGACAAAGAUACACCCGAAGUUUAUACUACAAUUACUGAGAUGCCAGCUGCUACUCCUCCACCAAAUUCACCAAAAAAUCCACAAUUAAACAAUGAAAAGCCAAAACAAAUGAAAACUUUUACAACUUUUGUCUCUUCCACUUCGGUCAUACCAGCUACUAAGACUAGAAUAACCACUACAAAUGCUGAUGGCGAAGAAACUGUCAUGGAAUCUACCAUUCCUCCAAGAACCGUGGUUGUGGUGAAAGCUAUUGUCACAGCUACGCCUGUCUCAGCUGAACUUAUGGAGGAGUCUAGCGGAACGAUUUUGGAUAUUAAUAAAGGAUUAAGUUUUAUUUUUGGUAGUAUUAGUUCAUUAUUCAUGUUAAUAGCAUAG